AACGGUUUCUUUGACGGAACGAGCGCGUACAGUGCGCCAUAUUGUUGCGCGCUGCUCAGAAAUUCACAGCAGGAUUGUGGGUGUUUUUGUGAGAGUGUUCGUGCUAAAAUCCUGCUUAAAAACACUACUCCUUUUAGUGAUUCCCGCGAUUUCACCCCUUUUAUGUAUGGAUAAAACCUCUGUGUAGCAUGGGCAUGGUCCCGAGUUGUGUGAAAGUGCGCUAAAGAUCGUCGGUCACCACAGUAAUAUUAUUAUUAUGCAGCAGUUUGUGUUGUAAGGGAUUUUUCUUCUCAACUUGUUCAAAGAAAAGUAGUUCGGGCCUACUAUGCACACUCCCGAAGGAACUCUGGAAAGGGGAGUUUUGCCACCCAGUUCAGCACCGGCGGUACUACAGCCGACGUUUCGAAGAGACGAAGACGAUGAAGGGUGUGUUUUGUCACUGCCCAAUCAGGACGAAUUGGAUGCUGGCUGUAUCGAUAGAUUUGAGAAUGAACUGGACAAUCUUCAAAAACUCGCUGAUGCCGCCAUAGUGAACAUGCCCCCCUCCAUUCAAGACUCUCCCGACACUCCCCAGCCGGAGGCCUACGGCCUGAAACCGGGUUGGAUGACCGGAAUCUUCGGCUGUUUACGGCCUGUGCUCAACAUCAUAGGCAAAGGGGUAGCUGAGAACAAAAAUGGCCAAGACGACUGGGAGAUACCUUUCGAAAAAAUCACAAAUCUCCACUUCAUCAGUGCGGGCGGUCAGGGUGCCGUGUUUUCCGGUUGCAUAAACAACACUCCGGUUGCGGUGAAAAAAGUGGGGGAACUCAAGGACUUGGAUAUAAUCAACCUGCGCAAAUUGAACCACCCCAACAUAGUGAAGUUUAAGGGGGUUUGUACGCAGGAACCCUGUAUUUGUAUUGUGAUGGAGUUUUGCCCGUACGGAUCUCUGUUCAAUUUGCUCAAGAAUCAGAAGGAGGACAUCACUAUAAAUAGGGUGGCGGCUUGGUCCAAGCAGAUAGCUAGUGGGAUGCAUUAUUUGCACAUGCACAAGAUUAUUCAUAGGGAUUUGAAGAGUCCCAACGUACUUAUCGGCGAAGACGAAAUAAUCAAAAUCAGCGACUUUGGUACUUCUCGAACCUGGAACGAGGUGAGCCAAAAGAUGACAUUUGCCGGUACUGUGGCUUGGAUGGCGCCAGAAGCCAUACAAGAACUAGCUUGCAGCGAAAAGGUCGAUAUCUGGUCCUUUGGGGUGGUUUUGUGGGAACUGCUCACUUGCGAAGUACCUUACGACGGAAUGGAACAAGGUGCCAUCAUGUAUUCUGUGGGUUCCGGCAAACUCACACCGCCCAUUCCGUCCACGUGCCCCGACGGUUUCAAGCUCAUCAUGCAAAUGUGCUGGAAGCACAACCCCAAAGAGCGACCUCCCUUCAAACUAAUCUGCAGCCAUCUAGAAAUCGCGGCUGCGCAGAUGCUGGCCGCGCUCAAGGACGCCGAGUUCCACAAGACGCAGCAGUCCUGGAAGGAGGAGAUCCAGAUCCAGAUCACGCAGUUCGCGGAAAAGUUCCAGAAAAGUCGACUGGAGUACCACCUCAAGGACGAGCAGCUUAUCCAGAAGAGGGAGAUGGCAAUCAAGCACGUUUUGGAUAUUAAGGAGUUGUAUGAUAGGAAACUGGAACAGGUCCAUCAACUUUGUGCUGAAUUGACAGUUGUGAUGCAGAGAGAACGUGCCAAGAGCUCCGGAGUCUUGCAACAAGAAAGAAAAGGAGAAAGAAGACGCCGAUUCCUGAAUUGGAAAAAGACAGCUGAUAGAAGAAACAGGAGUAAUAACCAGAGUUCUACCCCCACGAGUCCAGAGUGCAGUCUCACGAGUCCUGACAGCCCCCAAAAGAACCCAGUUAAGGCACCACUCUACACCACGUUGAACCUAGCUACCGAAUCCGUAACUACUCAAACUUCAACGGGUUCGUACAGGAAAAGGCAUCACAGAACCAAUUCCAGCAGUCCUAGAAGCUCUGGGUUCGGGUCCAGAGCCUCUAGUUUUCGGGCAUCGACUUGUGUGGAUGCGGAAACUCAAACUGAUUGUAUGGAUAUUAGUGAAAAUGAUCUGAGUAGUCCUGGUGCGAGCUGUCAAAACACUAUUCUGCCUUUCAGAACUGGACUGCCCACUGUGUACCCACAGAGAGUGAUUUUGGAGCAGAUGAGGAAAGAUCACAGUGAUGAGGAGGGUAUCAAUGGGAAUAGUGUUCAGUUGCAUUACAUGGUUCAACACAAACGCAAAAGUUUGUCAUUGUUCGCCAAGGUGGAUUCGCGUAGUACCAGCCCCAUAAUCUUCGACAGGGUGGAGGAUUCGGUGAAUAGGAACACUAUAAACACUCCGGAAGUGUCCGGUGAGGAAAAUUUGGAGGAAAUUAGCAGGAAAGUGUCUGCCAUGACGAUUUACAGUCCGGAAAAUGGAAACAUUGCGGAAAAUUUGAACGAUAUUAUGAGGCACAGAACGAGGUCUGGAACAAGAGAUGAUCUGGAUAGUACCGAGGAUAUGGCUAACGAAGAUAGUUUUACCGAUGAAGAAGGAGAGAUUUACAAUCAUUCAUUGAGGAGACGAAGCAAACAGGGAAAAGAAACUUCAAAACCAAGUCUGGCUAGACGUCCUAUCUACCCGGGCAGACGAUCCAAACGGUACUCGGCAAUGUUCCGGUACGACCAGCGCGGCGAGAACGCCUCAGACGAAGGAAACACUUCGGAGUACUCGGUAUCGGCCUCCUCAAAAUCGUCCACGUUGGAAUCGAACCCCGGAGAACGUACCCGAAGUUCUCCGAUGGUACCGCGCAAUCAUGGUGGUACCAAAAGUGUCAAAAGACCCAACCAGUACGAUGAAGAGAAUCGGGUUUUCUCCGACACGUCAGAUAGCGAGUCUGAAGAGAAUACCAUGGCAACGGUCAUCACAGAACUGAGUUACCCAGUCAAUGUCGGCUGAGGGUAUGGUUGUGUGUUUUUUAAACUGUAGCUGAUGGAUUUUCAAGUCAAUUUUGUUUGGUUGUCCGGAAUUUUGGAACUGUUAAGCAAUAUAUAGUACAGGAAGAACGUGCUCAGAAGUCUUAAACGGUACUGGAAUGAAUUCUGGAAAGCCUAAUAUAGUAUCUUCUGUUUUUCGAUUGUCCUUGAACAAUUUUAAUGUUAAAUUUGAGGUGAAAAUAGUUGAAAAACAUAGUUGUCAGAUGUAUUUCAAGAUACAGGUAGUAAAAAAACGGCAUAGGGUCUGUCCAACAAGUCAGGGAAGAUUUCGACAGAAGACGUUCUAAAAAUGACAAAAAACACCAGUAGCCUAUGAAUUAAAAAAUGACAGAUAGAACUGUCACUGUCAGAGAUCCUCUCUCACUGGAUAGACUAUACCCUACAUCACCGAGGAUACGUAUUAAUAAGGAUUUUUCGAUAGAUUUCAGUACACUUUCAAGAUUACAAAUUUUUCCCUAAAUUUACUGAGAUAUUUUCUAAAUGACAACGUCGUGAAGUUCUAAUCGAAGUAGACACUGAAGAUUUGAGACAGUCAAAUGGUUUCCUUUAUCAUUAUCAGUGUAUGAUAUUUUUCCCUAAAUUUAAGUAAAAUCGCUAAUUUUUUCCUAAAUUUGCUGACAAAUUUUCUAAACGACAACGUUGUGAAUUUCUAACUGAAGCAGACAAACAAGAUUUAAGACAAU